UAGUCCGUGACGUUUUAACAGCCGUCAACAAACGGUCUUGUGCUGAUAUUAAACACAGAAAAACAUGAAAUUACGCGUUUGUAUUUGUUUUUUAACAUAAGUAUAAAGUCUUAUAAUGCAAACAAAGACUUAGUUGUAAAAGGUUUUGGGAGAAUUACAGCUACAGAGCUCAUCUAUUUAAAGGUCGUGGCUGACAUGUCUGAGCUCCAUGUGUUCAAAGCACAUGUGAUAACGUAACUCAGGAUGUGGAGGGCAGGCCAUCCUCCGAGUUGGUGGCUGGCAGGAACAAGUCUUUCUCGGUUCUGGUCCACCAACCCACCUAAAUCUCCUCCCUCUGUCUCAUCUCAGCUGAAGUCCCCAUCACGGCCCAAAGCUGAGAAGCUGCAGCGCAGGCGUCAGCGGGAGAAGACCAUUCUGUCAGGUCAACCACCUAGUUCUGAAGAUAGCGUAGUGAAAUGGAGCGACAAGGAGAAGAUCGUUUACAGCUCUCCAACGCUUCCUGGAGCAAAGAAAGAUACAAGAACAGAUUUUCCUUCUUCUUACAGUCCAGAGUAUGUGGAGUCCAGCUGGUAUCAGUGGUGGGAAAAAGAGGGAUUCUUCAGUCCUGAUCAACAUGAGCAGCUGUCCCACCGUGUGGACCGGACCUUCUCUUUGUGCAUCCCUCCACCAAACGUGACGGGUACUCUGCAUCUGGGCCACGCUCUGACUGUCGCUGUGGAGGAUGCGCUGGUUCGAUGGAGAAGGAUGCAGGGCUGCAGAGUUCUCUGGGUUCCUGGAUGUGACCAUGCAGGCAUAGCAACACAGACUGUGGUGGAGAGAAGACUGCUGAGGGAAACUGGGAAACUCAGACAGGACUUCUCCAGAGAGGAUUUUUUACAGGAAGUCUGGAAAUGGAAGAAUGAGAAAGGAGAGGAGAUCUACCAGCAGCUGAAGAGACUGGGAGCUUCUCUGGACUGGAGCAGAGCAUGUUUCACCAUGGAUCCAGGUUUCAGCAGAGCCGUGACGGCAGCUUUUGUCAGGCUGUGUGACUCUGGUUUGAUUUAUCGUUCAGAGCGUUUGGUCAACUGGAGCUGUGCUCUUCAGUCGGCCAUCUCCGACAUCGAGGUGGAUUCGAAGGAGCUGAGUGGGCAGACCAUGCUGUCUGUUCCAGGUUAUGAGCAGAAGGUGGAGUUUGGAACGAUGCUCACCUUUGCAUACCCUGUGGAAGGCCAAGACGGUGAGGUGGCGGUGUCCACCACCCGUCCUGAGACCAUGCUGGGAGACGUGGCUGUAGCUGUCCAUCCUGACGAUCCUCGAUAUCAGGCCUUUCAUGGGAAGAGUUGUCGGCAUCCUUUCAGCAACAGACUCCUCCCCAUCAUCACCGACACUCUGGUGGACAUGCAGCUGGGAACCGGAGCAGUGAAGGUGACUCCUGCUCAUGACCACACCGACUUCCUGCUGUCCCAGAGACACACUCUGCCACGCCUCACUGUGAUUGGAGGAGAUGGGAUCAUGACGCCAUCCUGUGGACAGUGGUUGGAGGGUGUGAAGCGUUUUGAUGCUAGACGGCUCGUUGUGGACGCUCUGGUUGAGAAGAAGCUGUUCAGAGGAAAGAACAGUCACGCUAUGACUUUACCCAUCUGCAGUCGCUCAGGGGAUGUAAUCGAACCUCUUCUGAAGAAGCAGUGGUUUGUCCGCUGUGAUGGGAUGGCUAAAAGAGCCAUACAGGCUGUGGAGGAAGGACAGCUAGAGAUCAUCCCUCACCACUUCACCAAGACAUGGAAAAACUGGCUGUCCAACAUCAGUGAUUGGUGUAUAUCCAGGCAGCUCUGGUGGGGUCAUCAGAUCCCUGCUUACCAAGUACAGCUGCGUCACUCUGCAGACAAACCAGAGGAGCAGUGGGUGUGGGGACACAGUGAGGACGAGGCCCGUCAGAGAGCUGCUGUUAAGUAUGACGUGAAUCUGGAGGACAUCAGGUUGACACAGGACCCUGACGUGUUGGACACGUGGUUCUCGUCGGGGCUGUUUCCUUUUGCCAUGCUCGGCUGGCCAGAACAGACCUCUGACCUGAAGCGUUUCUACCCAAACUCCAUCCUGGAGACGGGCAGCGACCUUAUCUUCUUCUGGGUUGCUAGGAUGGUGAUGUUGGGGACCGAGCUUACUGGACAGCUGCCCUUUAAACAGGUUCUGUUUCACUCUUUAGUGAGAGAUAAAUAUGGCAGAAAAAUGAGUAAAUCUCUGGGAAACGUCAUUGAUCCGUUAGAUGUUAUCCACGGAGUGUCUCCCCAGAGGCUUCAGGAGAAAGUGAAGGGGGGAAACCUGGACCCUAGGGAGCAGCUGGUUUCCAUGGAAGCGCAGAGAAAAGACUUCCCCAAAGGAAUCCCUCAGUGUGGGACCGAUGCCCUGAGAUUCGCCCUGUGCUCCCACAGGAUGCAGGGAGAAGACAUCAGUCUGUCCAUUUCUCAGGUCCUGAGCUGCAGACACUUCUGUAAUAAGAUGUGGCAGACGCUGAGGUUCACUCUGGGAGUUCUGGGUGAAAACACAGCCCCACUGGGAACCCUGGAAGAGACGAGCCCACUGAGCAGCAUGGAGCGGUGGAUCUGCUCCCGACUCUACAGCACCGUGGUUCAGUGUGAACACGCCUUUGAAGCUUACGAUCUACACAAUGUCACAUCUGCCCUUUACUCCUUCUGGGUCCACAGCCUCUGUGACAUCUACCUGGAGUGUGUGAAGCCUGUCAUGGCAAAGCAGGAUGAAGAGCUGGUGGUCCAGUCUAACUCGGAGCUCAGCGGCUCCAGGCAGCAGGUGGUCACAACCGUCCUCUACCACUGUGUGUCUCUGUCCCUGGCGCUGCUGUCCCCCUUCAUGCCCUUCAUCACCGAGGAGCUUUGGCAGCGACUUGAACCCUUCAGAGCCGGACCUAUGGCUCAGACCAGCCUGUGUCUACAGCCAUAUCCCCAGUCCUCCAAACUGGAACACUGGCAUUUCCCAGAGGAGGAAAAGGAUUUCCUUCUGGUCCAGGAGGUGAUCCGGGUGGCCCGUUCACUCAGAGCCCAGCGUGGUCUAACCAAAGAGAAACCUGUCAUGUGGGCAGUGUGUUCACCCAGCCAGGCCCAGGUCCUCCUCCACUUCGGCUCAGCUGUCUGGACUUUAAGCCGGAUCUCCAGCCUCCAGGUCUAUUGUCCUGAUGGAGGGGCCACUAUCCUGUCCAGCUGCUCCAGUCCUCCACCUGAAGGAAGCCUUGUUGGUGUGGUGGACCACACAUGUCAGCUCCAUCUUCAUGUUCAGGGUGGAGUGGACGUUGACAGACAGAUCCUGCAGCUGUCUCAGCGCCGAGACAAACUUCUCCGGAAGCUGGAUGAAAUCCUUCAAAGACUCCAUUCUCCUGACUUCCUGAUGAAGGCUCCUGCACAUGUCAGGCAGCAGAUGGACAGCAAGGUUUCAGCUUUAAAGCAGGAACUGAAGACAACUGAAGACCAGAUGAAGUUGCUGCAGGAGACGGAGACAACAGGAUAACUACAGAUGUCACAACUCAUCAAGCGUUUCAUCAUUUAUCACGUUGCUCUAGUCAGAGACGUCUGCGCUGAGACCGUGACUGGAGCUCACCUCCUGGUGAGGAAAGAUGUCCACAUGACGCCCCGAUUAUCUGUUACUGCUGAUCCCCGGAAGACUUUUUAUCACAACAAUCACACAUUAUGAAAAAUCUCCUCCAGUCCUCCCUGAAUGUUUGAAGAGAGGAUGUAGACCUGUCUGACCAGGAGUCCGUGUUGAGAUGUGGACUGAAACUGUAAAAUAAUAAACAUGCUACAACGUUGUUUGACAAAAAAAAACAGGAGAAAUGCGUUUAAUUCAAAUAUAAUUAAAACUGAUGACAUACAGAAGCAAUUGUUGGACUUUUAUUUUUAACUAAAAUCAGUUUGUGUGAACAUGUGUAUAUAGUGUGUGUGUACGAUGAAUAAAAGAUAAGUUUAGUCUUGA